AACUUGGUUCCAGGGCAGUGUGAGCACCUAGCAAGAAGACAGGGGCUGUGACAGAUUAGCGGCAUGUGCUCCCGCUAACAUGGAUACCAUCUUGGUUUUCAGCCUAAUCAUUACAUCCUAUGAUGUCGGCAAGAAAGAACUCAGAGAUAGCAGCUGCCACGUGGAACAGCUGCCUGGACUCUUCCCAAUGGAUGUGAGAAAAAUCAGGGAUGUGCUGAUGCAAGAGGCUCAGGCAGAAGCCAAAAAUUCUACAUUCAUUCAGAAUCAGACUGUGGCUACCCUUCAGUGCCUUGGCUCUGGGAGCAAAGUCAAAGUCAACCUUGUGUAUUCAGAGAAAAGGUCAAAGGUCAAGCAGACUCUGAAGAACCUGAGAGUCAUCGCCACUCCCCAUAGAAACAGCACUGCCUCCCCAAACUGUCACUUAACUCCCACAUCCAAGUUUCAGACUGGAGCCCUCCUAACAGGCAAAGCUUUUUUACCAGGGAUCUCCCAAUGUAAGGUCUAUGCAGUGAUGAGGGCUGCAUCACAGACUUUUUCUACCACCACGACCAUCACCUCCAUAACUCCUGGGAAUAAAGAAGGAGAGAAAACUACAAGUAUUGAUGAUUUUUCUAGCCCUUCGAAAGAAGACACAGAUGAGAACCUAAAGAAGAGGCAGAAAUGGAGCAUUGUGGUCAAAUUUCUGAUUGCUGUCACCCUGUUAUUCAGUGGAGUCGCCAUUAUAGUGUUUGUCAUUUUUGAAGUCCCAUGCCCUAGUCAAUGCCGGGGAGCCAGAGAGCUAUGCCAAUGCCAGCGGUUGUGGAGAAGGCAAAGGAAGGAAGGCCAGCAAACUGCGGCAGCUGAAUCCCAACCUGAGUCUCAGCCCAAGAAGGAAAGUGGUCUCUGUAUGGUUGGACAAGAUGCUCCCAACUCAUCAAACUCAAAGAAAACUACAGGGAUCACUAUCAUCCACGAGACAUACUUCUGA